AUGCCAACACAGGACGCCGGGCUUAACUCCAUGGCGCCGUCGAAGGUGUACAAGUCCAGCCGACGAAAUCGCGUCCCACUGUCCUUUCGCGAUGAACGAGCAUCUUGCAAGUAUGAGAGUCCCAAAAAUGAACCAGCAACAUUCCAACACCAUGGGACUAAGCAAGGACACUCGAUGCAGCAACGGAUAAAUCACUUGGAGGAUCUAGUAAGGAAUCUGAUAGCGCAGAAUCACAAUGCGCCGAUAACACCUGAGGGUGUUGAGACCGGAGGGUCGUUCAAGGAUUCAGUUAUUGAUGCCUCAGAAUCGACACAUAGCCCAGGUAAAACGGUGAUUGAUGGUGGUCAUUCCGUCUACAAGGGUGCAGAGGACUGGUAUGAUAUACUACAGGAGAUUAACAAACUCAAGCAAGUCUGGAGCGAAAGCCAAGAUGACCCUACAUAUAACGUGGCUCCCACUUUAUCGAAUAUGGUUGAUGGGUCAAGCUUGCUCUUUGGCCAGGUUCAGCGAACAGAUAAAAUCGAAUUGCUGACAACACUGCCACCUAAACAUCAAGUGGAUAAGCUCAUACACCACUUUUUUGAUCGUGACAAUUUUCCUAUUACAAUCUACUCCGAGCACUGGAAAGAUCCAACCAAAACCAGUGUCAUAUGGCUCGGACUACUCUUCUCCAUCCUGAGCAUCAACAUGCUUGCAUACCAACAAUUCGGAGAACCACCAGAUUACGAAGGAAUGUCCGAGCCCCUAGUCCAACUUUACCGACUACGCACGGCACAGUGCUUGAUUAUCGGCGACAUGGCCAAAUGCCUACCCUACACAAUCGAAACAUUACGUCUAUAUGCAACAGCAGAACUCAACCGCAAAGACGACAAUAGUCGAGGCCUCUGGAUAAUGACCGGAGUGAUUGUCCGUGCAGCAAUAAAUAUGGGUUAUCACCGUGACCCGUCUCAGUCACCAUCUCUUACUCCCCUGCAAGCAGAAUAUCGACGCAGAGUGUGGAUAUCUGUGAUGGAAAUGGAUGAUAUGGCUUCAUUCGUUGUCGGGUUUCCGCGUAUGGUCUCAGGGAAUGAUUUUGCGGAUACGAUGGAGCCUCGAAAUUUGUAUGAUUGGGAGCUUUCGGACGAUCUUACUGUGUUGCCACCAUCCAGACCCAUGAGCGAAGUUACACCUGUGGCCUAUCUGAUAUCCAAAACACGAUUGUUCCGAGCUCUGGGUAGUAUCACUGAUUUCAACAAUACUCCGACCCAGGGACCAUACGAGCAAAUCCUCGAUAUCGACAAGAAUCUAACCAAGGCAUAUCAAGAUCUUCCCGCAGAUUUGCGAAUGAAUGGCCAGCAAUGGGAAUAUACGGUAAGCGGCAAAAAAGCCACUGGCUCGAAUACGCAGUUGGAGCUUCUUUAUCAUCAAGGGAUGUGCCAACUUCACCGACGAUUCAUCGCCAAGGGAAGAAUGGACCCUCAAUAUAAUCACUCGCGUGAGCGAUGUAUAUCGUCGGCGCUUACAUUGCUCAGGUUUCAACACAUCAUGGAGCCCUUUUGGUAUAACUUCUCGCGGGCGAGAAAGAUCAUCGCGCUCUCUGCAAUGAUACUCUUUCUUGAAUUGGAGUGCAGACGUAAAAACUCCGAGUCGAAUACGUUCUUUCCGGAUACCGGUGAGUUACUAACAGCAUUGAGCACAUCCUGUGCCCUCUGGGAGAAAGCUCAAACAGUCUGCGAUGAUGCGCAAAAAACAUAUAAAAUAUUGUCGGGGAUGCUGUCAAGUUUCCAGACGUCAGUGGGCUCCAGCUCUACGUCACAGUUAGAGACACCGCGACCACUAUUCGAGUUUGCGGGAAUGGGUUCGUCGAUUCAGCCUGGUACUGCCAAUUUUUCGGAUGGUAAGGAAUGGCUUCCGAUGUCGGAAGACAUGAAUAUUGACUGGGCUUCGUGGGAUGCUUUUAUUGAGGGUGCAAUCUUCGAGGAUGAAGUUUGA